AUGAACUGCUACCAUGCAUCCCGCCUGGCAAGAUUACUCGCCAGUUCACAAGAUGAAAGUCCACAAGAUCAAAGCUCCCAAGAUCAAAGUCUACAAGAACCCUCCAUUACCGACCUGAUGAGUAACGCCUACCAUCAAGCCCUCCUAACAACAGACCUCGCCCAACAUUACCAUCCCCUCCCUCGCCUCUUAUACGAGCCCCAAGACGGCAUUGAUGGUUACUGGACCGUCACCUGGACUCGGCCAUCAUUUGUUCAGCUACAGAUAACCAUCAGGCCCGCUCUCCACAGCGAUCCUCCCUCUCACCAUUGGCGCAGCAUGCGCUCAAACCAGAUCCAAGGCCCCAUCACAUUCCGCAUCUCGACACAAAACGCCAUGAGGGAGUUGUCUGAACUUCGGCGCGUGCCCGGCACCGUGUCCCGCGCCUGCCACCGAUUCGCAUACACUAUCGAGUUGGGUACCAGCGACCGCGUUCCGUUCCAGAUAUUGCGACGACCGGUGGACGGUGACGGCAUAUAA